AAAUGUGUGGCUGCUCGGUUUCCAGAGUUGCGGCCGGUGCCCAUCGCUUUCAAAUUAUCGCCCCAAUCGCGCCCUCGGCGCCACUUAAAGCAGCCCCCGCUCUUCUCGCCAGCCACGCAGUGACUUCCAACGCGACAGUCAACCACUUGCUGCACCUAGGUAGUUGCUUUCCGUCGUCCACCACUGCUCAAGAGCCACCGAGCAAAAAUGCUGCGCCCUGACGCUUCCCGCAAGAAGGAGUACAAGAAGGGUAUUGAUGCGGAGGAGGCUCGCCGCAAGCGUGAGGACAACAUUAUCGCACUGCGUCAGAACAAGCGCGAUGAGAAUCUGCAGAAGAAGCGCUCGACCUUCGCCCCGGCCUCGGCCAACGCCAACUUCGGCAUCGAGGACAGCACCAAGCAUGCUGUUGGCCGCCAACAGCUGGAUGAGCUGCCCAUGAUGGUACACGGUGUGUUUAACGGCACCGUGGAGCAGCAGUAUGACUGCACGCAGCGCUUCAGGAAGCUGCUGUCCAUCGAGCGCAACCCUCCCAUUGAGGAGGUGAUCAAGACGGGCGUCAUCCCCAAGUUUGUGGAGUUCCUCCAGCGCCACGACACUCCGCAGCUGCAGUUUGAGGCUGCGUGGGCGCUCACCAACGUCGCGUCGGGCACCUCGGAGCACACGAAGGUGGUUAUCGACCACAACGCGGUGCCCAUUUUUGUUCAGCUGCUGGCCUCGCCCAACGAUGACGUGCGCGAGCAGGCGGUGUGGGCUCUGGGUAACAUCGCCGGUGACUCGCCGAAGUGCCGCGACUAUGUGCUGGGCCACAACGCGCUGCCGCCGCUGCUGGAGCAGCUGAAGGAGAACAGCAAGAUUUCCAUGCUGCGCAACGCCACCUGGACCCUGUCCAACUUCUGCCGCGGCAAGCCCGCGCCCAACUUCAUUGUGACCCGCCAGGCGCUGCCCACGCUGGCCCGCCUGAUCCACCACAGCGACGAGGAGGUGCUGACGGACGCGUGCUGGGCGCUAAGCUACCUGUCAGACGGCGACAACGACCGCAUCGACAAGGUCAUCGAGAGCGGCGUGUGCCGCCGCCUGGUGGAGCUGCUCCUGCACACGUCGCCCGGCGUGCUGGUGCCCGCCCUGCGCACCGUGGGCAACAUCGUGACCGGCAACGACAUGCAGACGCAGGUCAUCAUCAACUGCGGCGCGCUGGCGUGCCUGCACAACCUUCUCAUGACCAACCACAAGAAGAGCAUCAAGAAGGAGGCCUGCUGGACCGUGUCCAACAUCACCGCCGGCACCAAGGACCAGAUCCAGGCCGUCAUCGACAGCGGCCUCAUCCCGCCGCUGAUCGGCCUGCUGGCCACCGCCGAGUUCGACAUCAAGAAGGAGGCGGCCUGGGCCAUCAGCAACGCCACCUCGGGCGGCUCCAACGACCAGAUCAAGUACCUGGUGCAGCAGGGCUGCAUCAAGCCGCUGUGCGACCUGCUGACGGUGGCAGACAUCCGCAUCAUCACCGUGGCGCUUGAGGGCCUGGAGAACAUCCUCAAGAUCGGACAACAGGAGCGCUCCAUGCCCGGCAGCGCCGGCGUGAACCCGUACGCGCAGAUGAUCGAGGACGCCGAUGGCCUGGACAAGGUUGAGCACCUGCAGGACCACCCCAACGAGGACCUGUACGAGAAGGCGGUGCACAUCCUGGAGACCUACUUCGACGUGGAUGAGGGCGAUGACCAGAACCUGGCGCCCGCCGUCAACCCCACCCAGAACACCUACGCCUUCGGCGUCAACCAGGCCCCUGCCCAGGGCGGUGCCUUCAACUUCGGCGGCGACGGCGACAUGGGUGGCGGCGCGGCCCCAGCCUUCAACUUCCAGUCGUUCAACCAGCCGCAGUAAGCCUACCUGUCUGAGUGUGCACUGCAAGCGCGGUGCGCAGUGUCCGCCAGCAGGGCUGGGAUGGCGGCGCUGUGUGUGUGUGUGCAGGAGGGUUCUAGGUCGCGCGUCCAGUACCACGUGUGCUGGGGCUCUCCGGGAGUCUGCAGGAGAUCGUUGUUGCACUGGGCAGGGUGUACAGUGUGAUAGGAUGCCUGCAGGUUGGUGACGGGUUCGUGUGGGUGUGUGUGUGUGUGUGGGGGGGGGGUACAUGAAGUCUUGAUAUAACGGUUCGGAGGUCACGGCAUGGAUGCACCGUGCCAUCAAGCCGUGCUAUUUACGCCUGCCUGAGGCCGACGGCCGACCGCGAAGAAGCAAGGGAUGAACGUUUAGCAGUCCUCAAGCCGCUUGACAGCCACUGCUGCGGCAGCGCAAGAUUCAGGGGACAAUUAGAGUAUGACCGUGUCCGUGUGUGUGCGUAUCGUGGCACUGUCUAUGCAGUGCAUUUGGGGUGGGCCCAGCUGCAUCUGCCGAACAAGAGCUCAAGGGCAUCAGCGACCCUUGCACCCAAUUUGAGAGUGGAGUUGUGGCGUGCCAUCAGUGGGCGUGGGACUGAUGCGUAGAGCCCGCGGAAGGACGCCAGGGUGUGAAGGUUGGGGUCGUCGCCAAUUUUUGAAUGUUUCGGUGUUGCCGAAUGGGUGAUUAUAUUAUUACAUUCUUACCCUUCCCAUUCGUCAACACCUAAACCGUGUGUGUUAGGAAGACGUGCUGUUGACGUCAAGCGUGGCGUAAGUGCCAGUCAAGGUUACACCGGGUUUCACUGAGUGCCCUCGUCGUGCGAUAUCAAUUUGUUUUGUUCGUUUGGUUUUUUUAUGUGCGUGUAAUGCGCGGGCCAAUGGUUGUCCUCUAUUCUUUCGCGGGAGGAGUGGAGACGUCCUUUCCGUUGGAGUGUGUGUGUCGAACCGAACCCGGGUGGCAAACAAGGCGCCAGACAGUUCCGCAGGAUUAGGAGCUGCUGACCCAGUGUUGUCUCCGGUGUCGCCGCGUGGCGUGGCGUGUGUAAAUGACUUCUGUAGCCGUGCAGUUAAACCUGUGACGUCUACUGUGCCUGUCAAAGUCAAGUGCUGGGUCCCAAGUCUCGUGCCAGUCCGUUCUCGGCAUGUCAGAGAUGCACGUCUGGUCCAUGCCUCGCGUGCAUGGAUUUGGUGGUCUGGAAGUUGCAUGGCCAUGUGGCGAAGAUCGCUGUAAGGCCCUCAGCAG